AACAGAAGCAAGAACCUCGAGGAGUGAGAAAUUUCACCACCGACAAUGGCGGAUCAUCUUCUUCAUCUCCACACUCUCAAUCCAAUUCCAAGGUAAAAUUUCUCAUUCUUUCUUUCUCGAGACAUCAGAGAGUGAUCACAAUUUCUUUUAACUUCCAUAUAUCAUGGCCUGCAAAUCAAAUCCCAAUUUGUUCUUGUUUCUGUUUAUGGUAUUCAUUGAAUUGAGACUCGCCCAGCAGAUUUCCCGCACUGAAAACGAUCCAAAAGACUGUAAAGAUCGUUGGAUUCACAUCAGAAGCCUCCCCUCCCGAUUCAAUCUCGAUCUCCUUUCCAAUUGUUCUGAAUACCCAAUUUUCGAUGAUUUUUGCCCUUAUUUGGCCAAUCACGGCCUCGGCCAAAAGACUCACAAUCGCUCUCAUAGUUGGUACAGAACCGAUCCCUCGAUGCUUGAACUUAUUUUCCAUCGCCGAAUGCUUGAAUAUCCUUGCCUGACCUCAGAUCCGGAUUCUGCUGAUGCGAUUUAUCUUCCUUAUUACGCCUCCAUCGAUGCCCUGAAAUACCUCUAUGGCCCCGAAGUGAACUCCAGCGCCGAGCACGGCCUCGAGCUCUUCGAUUUCCUCCGCCGGAACCAGCCGGAAGUGUGGAACCGCCGUUUCGGGCAUGACCAUUUCUUGGUCAUGGCGAGGCCGGCCUGGGAUUUCUCUCAGCCGUUGGAGAACGAUCCCCCGAUUUGGGGCACUUCGUUCUUGGAAUUGCCGGAGUUUUUCAAUGUCACGGCGUUGACGUACGAGGGCAGGGCUUGGCCAUGGCAGGAGCAAGCCAUUCCUUAUCCCACUUCAUUCCAUCCCCCCAAUCUCGCGUUCUUGGAGUCUUGGUUACAGAGAGUCAAGCAAUCUAAACGCUCCACUUUGAUGCUCUUCGCUGGCGGGGGCGGCGUCUCGGUGACUCCCAACAUCCGCCGGAGCAUCCGUGACGAAUGCGAGAACACCACCGCCACCACCGAUGGCGAUUACCCCGCCACCGCUGGGGGCGUUGGCCGCAAUCGCGAUGCCAGUCUGUAUUCAAACUUGUGUGAAGUUGUGGAUUGUUCCAAUGGGAUCUGUGAGCACGAUCCUGUUAGGUACUUGAGGCCAAUGUUGCAGGCAACUUUCUGCUUGCAGCCACCCGGAGACACCCCGACACGGAUGUCGACAUUCGACGGGAUCCUCGCCGGGUGCAUACCGGUGUUCUUCGAGGACCUGUCGGGGAAAUCUCAGUACAAAUGGCACUUGCCGGAGGAGCAGUUUGAGGAAUUCGCAGUGACAAUACCAAAAGAAGAUGUGGUGUUCAAAGGGGUGAAGAUUUUGGAUGUGUUGAUGGGAAUUCCUAGAGGGAGAAUCAGAAGGAUGAGAGAGAGAGUGAUAGAGCUAAUUCCUAGAGUGAUGUAUAGAAAGCAUGGAAGUUCAUUGGGUUUAAGAACCAAGAAAGAUGCAUUUGAUGUAGCCAUUGAAGGGACAUUGCAGAAGAUUGGAUUGAGAGUGAAAGAAUUGAAUUCAGAGUAACAGAACAGAGAGAUGCUGGUUUAUCAGUGUUUAUUUGUUUCUGUAGAGCUUUUUCAGGUCUCUUUUUGGCUAAAUUUAUGUAAUUAUCCAUUAUGUUUUAUGGUUUGAUUUGUGAAUAAGAGAAUUCUUUGGCAAAAUUGUGGACUUUUUAGAAGAGAACUGAGAUCCAAAUGAAGAAAGGAGUGUAAGAAACAUAGGCUAUUUGGGUGAAAGGAAGAAGAAUGAACUUUGUGUUGAGUUCAA